AUGGAACGGAUCACACUGGUGUUAUCAAGACCCCAGAGCAAUGGCCUAUUUCUUCACGGAUAUCCUCCGCCCGCUCCAUUCGGUCGACGUUUGACUCGUGACCCGGUCAGUCUGUACGACUCGGAUGUUUCCACUCUAGACCAAAAACCGCAGUUGCAAGCCAGUCACGAGAAAAAUUUUACCGUACUCAAAUGCAGUGUGAGCCGCCCGAAAUCGAACGCUGAGAUCUAUUUACUCUGUCCGGCUUUGGCUGAUCGUUACGGGACCGGACAUUGCUAUCAAGGUUGCACGCCGACCGAACCAUGUUCUCGAUCUGCACGAAGCGAGCAAAAAUCGUGUGUGCCAAAUGAUCAGACGGUAUUCUGUGAACAAGUGAAAUACGCGAACGGAACGACCACAAUCCAGGUGAAGAUCGAUCGAACCGAUCCAAGGCUUUCCGGGUUCUGGUCUUGUACACAUGCAGGCAUGGAAAGUGCGAAAUUUAAAAUAAGUUUGGAACAUCCUGACAUAUCAGACGCAAAACCUGUCGAACAACCGACCAAUCAAAAAGUUUCGGAUGUGAACGUGGCCUACAUGCGCAAACCGGUGGUCCUGUUCACGGUGCUCGCCAUCCUGAUAUUGUCCCUACUGAUCAAUAUGGGUUUCUGUAUCCGUUGUCUGAUCAUGCGAUCCUAUAUUGACGCACAGAAUGAAGGCUCCAGUAAUGCAAGUUGUUUAGCCGCUUGUUUGUGCCUACCGAAAGAAAUGCGCAAAGUGAGUUCUGUGCGCAUGACGCCGGUGCUUCCACGUUUGACCUACAAUCCGAAUAACAUGAACGGUUCCUAUCAGGGUUCGGCCGGUCUACUCUAUCCGUCCACUACGUCCACGAUGCAAAAAAUGCCCCUGCUGUUCCAACCAGCAUCACAACCGGAAUUAGCAGGUAUGGCCUACUAUCCGGCAGUCUCUUUGACCGGAACUCUGGGCAGACCGGGAGGGCAACGCAUGUACAGUGGCUCUCUAAUACAAUCACCCACGAUGCAGCAGCAGCAACAACAGCAACAAUCUCAUUCAGAUGGCUAUCCAACACCACAUUUGGCGUACACUGUGAAUAUGGACGGUACUGGACUUCUAACACAGUCAACAGGGGCACAACCUGGUCAGGGUUCAAUGCCUGGUGUAAACGAUUAUGGAAAACCAAACAGCUACAUUCCGUCCUAUAUCAGAGUUCCCUCAGUAAAUGCCCCAUCACCAAGUCUCAGUCACAAACUAUUGUACUCAACUAAUAAUGCUGUUAUUCAACCACCACAAGGUUUUGCUCCCGAUCAGAAUCUCACACUUGUUACAGAUGGUCAAAGUGGAGCGCAAUAUUUUUUAAAACUCCCACCCAAUGCCCUUGGCCCUCAUGUUGUCUACGAUGAUGUAGCUGCGGGUAAUUCCAGUGUUGUUGGAUCUCAGACUCAAAGCCAGAACCAAAGUUUGUUGUUGGAUCAAGCGCCAACAACUAUGGUUCAAAUUCCUGCAUUCUAUCAGUCCCCAACAAACAGGGCCCCAUCAGCUGAGAGCUCACCAAACAUCAACAACUCGAGAACUAGAGGACCACAAUCUAAUUUGCGAAUGGGCACUGGAGCUGUUGGUUGUUCAACACCAACUAGCGGAGUGAAUGGACCGGGGGGAUUUUCGUUACCUCCACUGGGGAAUCCAAUGUCUUCGAGAAUUAUGAUCAACCAACCCGAUUAUAUGUACAGCUUUUCCGUUGAUUGA